AUGGCCUCGCUCGCGGCCAACAAGCUCAAGGCGCGCUUGGCAGCCAAGCGACACAAGGCUGGCGCCGAUGAACCUGCCGAGCCCAUUGCUCAAGCUUCAUCGGCUGAAGCCUCGACUCCUGUCAUUCAGAUUCAUCGUGGGAAGCUCGGGCUUGGGGCCCAAGCGGAACCGGCUCCUUCCCAAGCCACCAAGGCCGUCGCCAAGGGUCUGCACCGCGCCAAGCGCCGACAGCGCCGUGACGAAGCCGAGGAGGAGGAAGAUGAUGUGACGCAGACGACCAUCGAUGAGGAGUCCAAGCUGGCGACCGUGACCAAAGCUCAGCCCAAGUUGGAUGUGGUUGAUCAACUGCGUGAACAACAAGCCGAGAAAACCGCAAAACGUCGCAAGAAACGACAGGCUCGCAACAACAAGGAGGCCGAGACGACGUCCACCCCCGCCCCCGCCGGCCCAAACCCAUUCAGUGACCCUACCUUCGAUGCAGAUGCAGAACAGGAUGCCUUUGCUACCAACUGGCAGUCGGACUGGCGCGAUGAAGCCAUGCAGGAGACAGCCGACGCACCUGCCCAGCCCAGCCCCACCACAACUGCCCCUGCUGCCCCCGCCCCAAAGGAGAAGGCGAAAGCAGCUAAGGACGAGACGGCGGAUACUACGGCCGCAGAUGCUAAAAAGCCCAAGCGCAAGCGCCCGAAGAAGCGCUCCAAACAGAAAAACUUGCGCAAGGACAAUCGCCCCGCGCACUUGGUUCGUGCUGUGGCCCUGCUUCUGCCAAUCGACUUUCACAUGCUGGAAGAGACGAAAACUGCUUGCGCUUGGAUCAAAGGCUCUCACUGA